GUCGUGUGAUAGAAAAUAUUUCCAAAAGAUGUGGUGGGUUCCUGAGACAGCUUAGCUUGAGAGGAUGUCUUGGUGUUGGAGACUCUGCUUUGAAGACCUUUGCACAGAACUGUAGAAACAUUGAACAAUUAAAUCUAAAUGGAUGUACAAAAAUUACUGACAGUGUGUCUGCUGUUUUGCAGCACGUGUUAUAGCCUCAGCAAAUUUUGUUCCAAGCUAAAACAUCUGGAUCUGACAUCCUGUGUAUCUAUUACAAACAGUUCUUUGAAAGGUUUAAGUGAGGGUUGCAGAAAUCUGGAACAUUUGAAUCUUUCCUGGUGUGAUCAGAUUACGAAGGAUGGUAUUGAAGCACUGGUGAAAGGGUGCAGUGGACUAAAAGCACUGUUUCUUAGAGGUUGCACACAGUUGGAAGAUGAAGCACUGAAACACAUUCAAAAUCACUGUCAUGAGCUUGGAAUCCUGAACUUGCAGUCAUGCACACAAAUUUCAGAUGAAGGCAUUGUAAAAAUUUGUAGAGGAUGCCACAGACUGCAGUCAUUAUGUGUUUCUGGUUGUAGCAACCUCACAGAUGCUUCUCUCACGGCACUUGGUCUAAACUGUCCGAGAUUGAAGAUUUUGGAAGCUGCAAGAUGUUCCCACCUGACGGAUGCAGGUUUUACACUUCUUGCACGGAAUUGCCACGAACUGGAAAAGAUGGACUUAGAAGAGUGUGUAUUGAUAACAGAUAAUACAUUGAUACAACUUUCUGUUCACUGUCCUAAACUUCAAGCAUUGAGCUUAUCUCACUGUGAAUUGAUCACAGAUGACGGGAUUCUGCAUCUGAGCAACAGUACCUGUGGUCAUGAAAGGCUACAAGUCCUAGAGUUAGACAACUGUCUUCUCAUCACCGAUGUGACCCUAGAGCACUUGGAGAACUGCCACAGCUUGGAGAGAAUCGAGUUGUAUGACUGUCAGCAAGUCACACGAGCAGGAAUCAAACGAAUACGAGCCCAUUUACCUGAUGUGAAAGUUCACGCCUACUUUGCUCCAGUUACGCCACCUCCUUCAGUAGGUGGUAGUCGACAGCGACUCUGCAGGUGCUGCAUUAUCCUUUGACGAUGCAUCUUUGGGGCUUCAAGAAUGUCAGAUGGCUGCUCCACCACAAGGCUAAGAAGCACUAGCAUGCUGACCUCCACAACAGUUAAACUAAUAGGAGGAGAGGACUGGCCAGUAGGUGCUUCCCACUGCAGCUGGAGGACACCCCUGAAGUCUUCCAGAUUCAUCAGUCCUUCACUAUCCUAAAGAGUGAGAUGAUGCAUUUGCAGCUUCAGCCAUUUUCUAAGUAUUUGCUUGUCAUUACAGAAUUACCUGGGCAUUCUGAAAUAUUAUUUAAAUUGAAGUUUGCUGAACAGCUUUAGCCAGGAACAUGAUGAAAUAGUUAACCAAGAUCUGAAGUCCCAGGCCACUGACCACAAACAUAUAAGAUGAGACUCUUAGGAAUGCUCAAUUAAGAGGGCACCUUUGGUAUUAUUCUUGUGAUAGCCACAUUUCCACUGUUUUGGUGAAAAACUGAGGAUUUUCCCAAAUGUAACAUCUCUAUGAUAUACAAAGUGAAGUUACUAAAAAGAAACCGGCUGCACUGAAGAGACCCUGAUGCAGUCCUGUCUGGGCUCAGGAUUUCAGAGGGGAUACUGCUGUAUACCCUUGGGGAUCAUAUAUGGAUGGAGUUAGUACAGCCUUGGUAUAAGAAUACUGGAAUUCCCUUUUGACUUAGACAACACACUAAGAUUCAUUUGCAAAUGACAAGGAACAUGACUCUAGCACUCUGGUUCUCUUCCUUUUUUUUCUCCAAGUGUAGCUCAGACCUUGGACAAAAGGAUUAACCUUAAGAAAGCUCCUAGAAGCUCAUGCUCACCUUCUUAAAUUCCAUAAGCUGAGCUAAGUAAUUCCCCAAAAGUUUCUGCUCAAAGAAAACAGAAAGACAGCUCUGGACAAACCCUGCCCAAAUCCAUAAUAAAAACAAACAACAAACUCCACAGUAAGCAGUAAGAGAUGCUGAAGCCUCAACUGCCACCUGCUCUAAAAGAGAGACAGAGAUCUUCCAGACUUUCUCCAAAAAGGGUUAUAACUAUCUUUUUAAAGAUCUAGAAUGUGUAAAAAGCCAUUUGCACACAGGUGCCCCUGAACACACACUCUUGAACACAGUAUGGAUGCCUUCUAGUUUAUCAGAUCCUUUGAUUUAGAAUGCACGUCACCUGCUUGAUCAACAUGACUAAAUUUACAGAACCCCCCCAUAAUGGCACGUCAAAGAAAAUAUAAAAAUAUAGGGUUCCUAUCCCAAAUAGCAUUUAGUCUAGCAUGACCAAACAAUUAGAAUUUCUAUUAAUGUAAUAAGUUACUUUAAACAGUCAGAGGAUGACAAAAUUACUGUCCUGGUCAUGCUAAAUCAGCUAUGCUGCACACGGUACACCUUUUUGGCAUUUAACUUGAAUAUAAUAAGAGAUACUUUAAAAAAAAACCCAACAACAUAAAGAAAUACUAGCUACAUGCUAUGGGGCUCAACAAGGUUUACUAUGAUAACCUUUAAACAAAGUGGAACCCUCCUAUGUGUGUUCUAUAUUGCAUCAUUUGGCUUUGUUUCUCCAAAGAAGUGGAAGAUAAUGCAGUAGUGUGGAGGAAGUAGAUAGAAUCACAUGGAAAAAAAAAAAAAGACAUCCUGCAUGUGACCAUCUUACUUUGAUACCAAGUCUGACUUUCUGCACACAUGCAGAGAAUAGGUCAUGGCAACGCAGAAAGAUCCAAAAACUUACGGAACAGAGUGGUAGUUACCAGACAUUUUCAGUGGCUGGUGAGAGACUGUUUAGGAAGUUUUCACUGUGGGCCACUCCCCUGGCAGUCAUACCCUAGUCACCCUCAGAGAGCUGAACUAAUCAGAGAUCACUGAUUGGGGGUUAAAACAGCAGUUAAAAGCAGGCCCCUGGACUCAACAGAUGACUGAUGGAACCAAGAGACUGUUUGCUGUGAUGGCUGGGUCCCAAACCCUAUGCAACUUUGCAUACAGGAUGCAAAUUUCUGUUUCCCCACAACUGAGAGCAUCUGGCAGUUAUUAAUCCGAGGCUUAGAAUGUUGUAGGGUUGCCAGCUGUUCAGUACUGACCCGCACAGUUGGUAUUUUCGCCUCCUGUCUGGUAAAAGCAUUCAGAAAAUACUGGACACCUAAAAUGUCCAGUAUUUUCUGAUUUCUUUUUCCCCUGCCAGGAGGCAAAAAUACCAGACUGUCUGGGUCAAUACCGGACACCUGGCAACCCUACCUGGUUCUGCAGGGAAGCUGUCUGGUCUGAAGCAGGGAGACAAUAUGGCCACUGGCUGCCUGUUAGGAGAGGCAGAGCCCAGCCCCUGUUCUUAAAGGGGCCAUGCUGGGUUUUUUUUAUUUUUUGGUUGUGAAAUAACUCUCGGGUCCU